AUGUGGAACUCACCAAAGGUGGGAAUUCUCGGCGGUGGUCAGCUGGGCCGCAUGCUCGUUGAGUCCGCCAACCGAUUGAACGUCCAGGCCAAUGUCCUGGACGCGGAGAAUGCCCCGGCCAAGCAGAUCAGUUUCCACGACGGCCAUGUGACCGGCUCCUUCAAGGAGCCCGAGGCGGUGCGCCAGCUGGCCAAGACCUGCGAUGUCUUGACUGCCGAAAUUGAGCACGUCGACACCUAUGCGCUCGAGGAGGUUGCGUCCGAAGUGCAGGUGGAGCCGAGUUGGCAGGCGAUUCGGACGAUCCAGAACAAAUUCAACCAGAAGGAACACCUGCGCAAAUAUGGAAUUCCCAUGGCCGACCACCGGGAAUUGGUGAAGAACACACCGGAGGAAUUGGCGGAGAUCGGCGAGCAGUUGGGCUUCCCGAUGAUGUUGAAGUCUAAGACGAUGGCAUAUGACGGGCGGGGGAACUACCGUGUCAACUCCAAGGCCGAUAUUCCUGGUGCUCUGGAGGCUCUGAAAGACCGGCCACUGUAUGCGGAGAAAUGGGCCUACUUCAAGAUGGAGCUGGCUGUCAUGGUUAUCAAGACUAAGGACGAUGUGCUGUCAUACCCAACCGUCGAGACGGUGCAGGAGGACUCAAUAUGCAAGCUUGUGUACGCACCGGCCCGAAACGUGCCCGACGCCAUCAACCAAAAGGCGCAAGCACUUGCACGUAAGGCUGUUGCCGCUUUCGAAGGCAAGGGCGCCUUCGGCGUGGAGAUGUUCCUCCUUGAAGACAACAGCGUCAUGCUUUGCGAGAUUGCCAGUCGCAUCCACAACUCCGGCCACUACACGAUCGAAGGGUGCGCGCUGUCCCAGUUUGACAGCCAUAUCCGGGCCAUUCUGGACCUCCCUAUUCCGGCCAAGAGUCUUGAAAUCCGCCAGCCAUCCAUUAUGCUGAAUAUCAUUGGCGGUGCAACACCCGACUCCCACCUGAAGGUUGCAGAGCACGCGCUCUCUAUACCCAACGCCAGUAUCCAUCUGUACAGCAAGGGAGCCUCCAAGCCAGGACGCAAAAUGGGCCAUGUGACCGUUACCGGUCCGACGAUGCACGAGGCGGAGACGAUGAUCCAACCGCUCAUCGACGUGGUUGAUGACAUCCGCGCCCAGCGGAGCGACGUCAAAACGCAACCCCAGAAGUCGGGACCUUCGAAGCCCGCGCCCUCGGUGGCCGUUAUCAUGGGCUCCGACAGUGACCUGAAGACGCUGGUGCCGGGUCUCAAGUUGCUCCGCGACUACUUCGGCGUGGAGCCUGCCGUCGAGAUCACCUCGGCCCACCGCACCCCGGACUACAUGGCCGAGUACUCGGCGCAGGCGGCAUCCCGCGGCAUCAAGGUCAUCAUCGCCGCGGCUGGUGGUGCCGCCCAUUUGCCUGGUAUGGCUGCCGCCCACACCGCUCUCCCCGUCAUCGGAGUCCCCGUCAAGGGCAGCUCGCUGGACGGCGUCGACAGUCUGUACAGCAUUGUGCAGAUGCCGCGUGGUGUCCCCGUCGCCACCGUCGGAAUCAACAACAGCAUCAACGCCGCCCUCCUCGCUGCGCGGGUCCUGGGAUCCUUCGACCCGGCCAUCCAGUGCAAGGUGGAGGCGUACGCCGAGGAUGCGCGCGCGGAAAACAUGGAGAAGAAGGGGGCAAAGCUGCGCGAGCUGGGCUGGGAGAAGUACUUUGAGCAGAUGUAA